AUGACCAGUUCCGGUGUGGGUCAAAACGACUUGGCCAUACCGCAAGAGAAGAAGUUGCCUAUCCACCAAAGAAAAGACUCAUAUCAAGAGGAGUUAAAUACUCCAAGUAAGAAGAUGGAGAGCUUCGACGAUAAAGUGGAAGAGAAGUCUAUAUCGGUGGGACGGAAUGAUAACUAUAUUCGUCUACCGGCGCUGGAUCAGGAACCAAAUCAGUAUCUCCAAUCGCUUCAACAAGAGACACUUCGACCGACACUCUCGCCAAUCUACCCAUGGACGUCGCCACCACAGAGACUACCAGGACCGUAUGAUGCUCCCUACUUCCCGGUUCCACUACCGACAGUCAGAAGUGAAGAAUUGUCUGGGAUUAAAGAACAGUCGCCGAUUAUCAAGACGGAACCAGUCCCAGAUGAUGUACCAGAAGAGCUAGAAACCGUAUCGUACACCCGUCGUGUCUCAACACCCAGCAUACCAGACCACGAAUCUCUCCUUGAAGGCGCAGUCACCGUUUCAAGCAAAGGCUGGCGCCGCACUCAAUGGACCGUGACUGCAGGUUGA